GAGCACGGAAGAGUUGGCUGUAUGCUGCUCGGUUUAGUUCUUUCUUUUUCCAACUGCUUUUAUUUUCUGAAGUUAGGAAUCGCGUCUAGAUAAAUACCUGACAAUGCCUGUAGCCAGCGUACCAAUUAGAGAGGCUCGCAUCCCUUUUCGGUUGCUUCAGCAAUAUUUGUUUCUACUGAAGACAUAUCCAAUUCUUACCAAAUCUGUAACGAGCGGGAUACUUUCUUCUUUAGGAAACCUUCUAUCUCAAUUCCUGGAAGCUAAUAAAAGCGCCAAAAAUGGGAAGCCAGUGAAAGAGAUUAACAGAGCAGCAGCCACACGCUAUGCAAUAUUUGGGUUGUUUCUAACGGGGCCACUCAGCCACUAUUUCUACCAGCUGAUGGAGGUGUGGAUGCCAACCACAGACCCCUACUACAUUGUCAAGCGUCUUCUACUAGACCGCCUGAUCUUUGCUCCAGUUUUCCUGUUCAUCUUCUACCUGGUCAUGAACACCCUGGAGUCAAAGGGGUUGGCCGACCUACAAAAUAAAUUGGAAGAUACUUACUGGACAGCUCUGAAGAUGAACUGGAGAGUGUGGACACCUUUUCAGUUCAUCAACAUCAACUUUGUACCUGUCCAGUUCAGAGUGCUGUUUGCCAACGGGGUUGCCUUGUUUUGGUAUGCCUACCUAGCAUCUGUCCGGAAAUGAAAGCUUGUGACAUGGUUGUUUGGUAAAGCAUCUUCUUGUAGCAUCUUCCAUCAUGGAAAUGGAAGAGAAAGAAAUGCUUUGCAACACCUGAGGCACCUGAGUGGCCAGAGCAGGGAGCUGCUACUACCCGGCUAUGACUCGCUGCUACGCCCCGCUGUCUCCAUGGUCAUAUAAACAACGAGUCAGAUUCAGAAGGUUGAUCAAUUAUUUGAUCUGUUUUUUUAGUUUCCCUCAAUGACAAUAAUCCAGUACCAUGAUUAGGCAAACUUUCAACAAAAAAUGUAAUAACAAGAUAAGUUCACAAUACCAAAUGAGACAAAAAGCGAACCAGAGCAUGAUUAUUCAUCAUUCAUUCAUAGAUUAUAGAAAAAUAAUCAUGUCACUGUUGGCAUUAAGUCAAGUUAUAAAAAAUAAUUAUUCAGCUGUUAUUAUGAACCUUGAAAAAGGGGCAUUUUUAACAAGUGGCAAGGUGAUAUGAUUACAAUAUAUACAGGUAUAUCAUUCUAAUCAGAGGGAGCUAUGAACAUUGAGGCUUUCUUUUAGCUUUUGAUUUGGAAACUGCAGGAACAGAUCGAGUUGACGGCAUCUGACGUCACUAAAUAUGUCACUUUGUGGUUCUGAAUUGUCUUAUGCGGUAUGUUUUGUCAAAUUACUUUGUUUAACUGGAGUUCUAGUUUAUAUUGUGGAGAAAGUCCAAGUCUUGUCAAAUUAGACAGCUAACCAAACAUCUACUAACGGAGAGGGACUGAAAUUGAAAAUUAAAUUAAAGAAAUGAUCCUGUAAAUUGUGAUAACUUUUUUUAUGUCUGGUCACAGGCCACAACAUUCGCUUUUAGCGUGAACGUUGCUUUUAUACCAUCUGUAAGUGGAGCACUAUAGUUUUGAACACAUGACGCGGUCAGAAACACAUGAUGGACAAAAAGUGAUAAGUUAGCUCUGAAAAGCAUUUUCCACAUUUAAUAAAAGGUCAGACACACGUUAUGGUCAAAAGUUAAUUUCUCACUCUGAAAAGCAUUGAGUUGAUAUUUUCUUUCCCUUUCUAUUCAAACGUGUUCCUAAAAUAGCCGAGGGCUGUAUAUAAACCUUGUACAAACGUCUGGAAGUCAACUACCAUUGUUUUAAACACAAGACACAAUGUCUAAGGUCAGAAACACAUGGAAAAAUGGAGCACAUGAGAUAGUAUGAUAAUGUGAAUGAGAUAAGAGAGUAUGAUAGAGGGCAGAUUAUGAUAGUGUUUGAGAGAAUAUGAAAGUGAAUGUCAGAGUAUAAUAGGGAAUGAGAGAGAUUAUGGUAGUGUGUGUCAGAAAGAGAGUAUGAAAUUGAAUGUGAGAGAGUAUUGACGUGAGUGUGUGAGAAUGAUAUUGUGUGUGUGAGAGGAUGAUAAUGUAUGAGAGUAUGGUAGUGAAUGUGAGGGAUUAUGAUAGUGUUGAGCGAAGUUAAGUAUGAGCUAUUCUAUGGCCUCUCAUACCAUCCUAGACCUUUAACGUCAUAGCCACGUUCUAGACAUAUAACAAAUAUAUGCAAUCCUUGACCUACAAAACAACCUAACGACCCGAGACCCAUAACAUCACAACCACUUAAUCCUAGACCUUUAUCGUCACAGCUACAUGAUCCCAGACCUA